UCAAUACGUUUUAAAUAGUAAACACUGUCUUAGAAAAGCUGGGUUGUGGUGAAACAACGCCCCCGUGGCGUCAGGUUGCUGCUAAAGCUCAUCGACAAAACCGGAACCGGAUGUGAGGUUUGAAACACAGAUCCAGAAUCGCGUUGGAUGUCUGGUUAAUACAGAGAUGAGUGGUGAGAACGUCAAGUUGUUUGUGGGGAAUCUUCCUUUAGAUGCAACUCAUGAAGAACUCAGCAAGCUGUUUGCUCCAUAUGGAGAGAUCAACACCUGCUCUCUGCUUAGACAGUAUGCUUUUGUAACCCUGAAGGGAGAAGGGGCAGCUGACAGAGCUAUACGGCAUCUUGAUGGCAAAGAGUACAGAGGCAGACCCCUUGUGGUUGAGGAGUCGCGUGCACGCCCACCAAAUUCCACAAAAGUCUUUGUGGGAAACCUCAGUGCAACAUGUUCUGCAGAUGACUUGCAUGGACUUUUCUCAACGUUUGGAAGAGUUUUAGACUGUGAUAAAGUGAAAGCACGAUUAUGCUCAAAUGUUGGCUAUGCUUUCGUGCACAUGGAGAGGAAGGAGGAGGCCCUUGCAGCUAUUGAUGCACUUAACGGGACCAUCUUCAAGGGUCGUCAGCUGGCUGUAGAGCUGUCAAAGGCCCAGCCUUUGAUCAACCAGCUUGUAACCGCCGGUAAUUCAACUAAUUCUACAGGUGGCAGAGAAGGUCUUCUUCCUAGGCCUCCUCCCUCUCUUGAACAUCACCAGAGUCAAGCGGCUGUACUAGCAGCAGCUGCUGCCGCUGCUGCUGGUCUGCCCAUACAGGUUCAACAAAGUGUCCAUAAUUCAUUCUACAACACAACAUCUUUCGAUCCUACAUAUGCUGCUCUAAAGGGCAUUACAGCCUCUAAAGGUGCAGAUGGUAUGAUAUAUGGUGCACUUGCCAGCCAGGUGUAUGGAUCUGUUGCUGAUCAGGUGUAUCAAGAUAUGGCCAAUCACACUCCUGGACCCAAUAUAGCUGUUGAAGAAGCAGAAGCUCAAACUGGACCAGAUCCAACAACACUCUUUGAGGCAGCGAGGGCAAAGUUCUUUCAAGAGGGGCAGAAGGUUCUAGCAGAGCAGCAGGCAGGGAGAAAGGCGGCAGCAGCAGCAGCUUCAUCUGAUAAUGAACGGGACCGAAGCCCAAUUAGAGGAAAUCGAGCCCCACUUCUACCAGAUCCUGUCCCAGGCUCAUUUGCUCAGAUCCGACCCAAACGCCGCGCCUUGCUUCCCACACCACCCGGGGGACCAGAAGAUUCUGCUGCUGCCUCUGCUACAGCUCCAGAAGGGUCUGAUCCUGUUGCAAGGUCUUACUCAGAGUACUACCAGCAAAUGCAUCAAUACCAACAGUAUCAACAGUACCAGCAACAGUAUCAGUACCUCCAGUAUGCUUAUACAAAUCCUCCUCCCCCACCACCUCCUCCACCUCCACCUGCCACCACACAAGCACAGGACUCCACGACAGUUCCUGCACCCCCAGGGACAUACUCGGCACCCCCAACAUAUGCAACAUCAGCAGCCUACCCACCGCCAGGAACUUACGACACUCAAGGAAGUUAUGACGCCUCAGUGGGGAGCUAUGAUGCCUCAUCAGGGAACUACGACGCAUCAUCUGGGAACUACGAUGCCUCGGCGGGGAGCUAUGACACAUCUGGAGGCUACGGAGCAUAUGAUUCAUCAGGAGCUUACGCAGCAGCGGGAAGCUACUCCGCAUCCACACCGUAUGAGCAGACACCCGCACACGGGCAACCCACGCCCCAGCGCCAUGAUUACCCUUACCACACGCCAGAACCCCCUUACCGAUAGUCCCACCCCCCACACACUCCUUCCACACUACAGACGUGUGUGCGUGCGUGUGUGCAUGUGUAUUUCCAUAAAGGACAGUGUAAAGAGAAGAAUCAGAGAGGGAGUAAGGUUAUCAUUCAAAUGGGCUUUAAAUAUGAGGCAUUUUCACUGUUUUGCUAAGUAGUGAAUAGUAGUGGUGGAAAUCAGAGGUUCAGUUAAUAUUCAGCAGCAUUUACAUCCAUUGACAAAACAGUGUCACUAGUACUUACGGGGCACCUGGUGCCCGAAUAUUGUUUGGGAAGAUGUUGGAAUCCAGGGUUAGGUGUGCAAGAGAAGGCUGAAGAACGUGUCUCAAGAUUGUGAAUGAUUGAGAAUGUUAAAUUGACCAAUUUGUCUUAAAUGUGGGUUAGGGUGGUUUGAGCUGCCAGAGCUAUUGCUAAUGAAGCAAUCAACGCUAAGUAAUGAUAUUUACAUUUUGCCCUGUCAUUUUGGAUAAUGAAAACAGAUUGAGCUUCAGCAUGUUAGUGACAUUUUUAUUUAACUCACAUAACAUGUCUACUUGAAGUUUCACAGAUGGAAGGUCCUCACCACUGCUGUGUAAAGAGCAGCCAACUAGGAGCCAAAAUUCCAAAAUGACAAAACUGUAAUAGGACACACUCUUCUACUUUCAUGUUUCUCUGUGUUGCCACCAGAAUGUUCUAAGACAAAAGCAAACUAAAUGAAAUUUCAUCUAUUUCCAGUUUUAGAUGACAGUUUUGUUCUUUUUCAGAUUUUAAUAGGAUUUUUUUGUUUUUUGUAACAGUUUUGUAUGUAGAAGUGUGCAUUUAGAAAGGCUGGAGGAAUGACAGAAAUAAUCUGUUCAUUAUACACUCUACUUUUGUAAUUAUUUUUCUGGUAACAUUGGUUUAGUUUGUUUCAUUCUUUGGCUCUCAUGGAAACAUUGGGUAUUUUGAGGGAAAGAUGAGCUAGUUUUCAUACCAGAACUUGUGCAAUUGGUACUUGUGUAAAUGAACCUUCUUUUAAGAUAAAAAGUAAUGCCAACCAACAUUUGGUUAAAUGCUAAGGGUUUUGACUGUUAAUAAGUGAUUGUAUGUCUUCUUAAACAACUGGAAAUAUAGAACAGAUGGAGAAGGGCAGUUCAGUUAUAAAGAAAUUGACGGUUUGUGAUGUGGCAGUAGUUGAAGAGGAAACUCUUGUGCUUCAUAGCAUGUCCGGGUUGAAGUGCAGCCGUACGCUGGAGCAAGAUGUCAGUCAUCAUUUCAGAUCUUGUAUAUUCUGUGAAGAUCACCCUCGUUUCCUUGAGCUGGGGGGGGACCCAUUUGAGCUGGAAACAGGUACAAGUGUGUGCUAAAUGCGGUGCAGUGGUGUGUUGCUGGUGGGUGCAGCUGUGAUUUUUGAAUGAGUGGAUAAGAGGUGACAAUCUCACUGCAGUUGAAGGUCUGCUGGUUUUCUCGAGCAGCAGUGAAAAGGACCGAUGACCUUUUGGUUUUCCUUUUCCCUUAUUCUGACCUCAACGGGAACACACCUCAUGCUGAAACAUCGCUAGGAUUACUGGCUCUGCACAUAUGUCUCACCUACACAACUCUGAUUAGUAUUAAGUGCUGUUGGGUUGUUGCAUAUUACACAUGUGACGCAAACUACAUGUGGAGAUUAUUCUAAUACACAUCUUGUUCCACAUGUAUGGUAGCUCUGUUCGUGACUGUACCACACUAGUUCCUCAUGUUAUGCUUACUCGCCACUUGAAUUGGUAGUGCUCUGUUAGGUUUAAGUUACACACAGCCUCUCUGCAUUUCCACAUUAUUCCACCUGCUCCAUGUGAACUGUUAGUUGCAUGCCUUGUUGUUGCUGCUGCUCCAGCCACCUUCUUCCUCUUGCUGAUUAUUGCAGCUAGAGUGGGAGGGAGCCAAACUGAGCCCUUGCCCUGGACGUGCGCCACACGCACCUGUAGCGUGGGAUGGGGAAAACAGCAGCGUUAGGCCUGAAACUGCUGUGGACGAUGGGGUGCCCCCCCGCUAAGGUAAACACUCAGACCACACACUCCUGCCCCUCCCUGAAACAUGCGUACACACACAUGCACUCACACAAACAUACAGAUGCAGGUAUGCUCGUAUUUUCCUUUCCCGGCCCGUCUUCAGGAAUUUUUUUUAUUUUCCAGGAUGUCACAUUUUUUGGAUUUUCUCUCAUUGUUUCCGAAUGGGAGAUUCACAUUUUCCUACUUUUGAGUUUUCCUGACCAUAUCCCUGCAUUUUUCUCAAGCAUACUUGUGCCUCUGUUUAUACAUUCCUGCUCCUGACAAAACGCGACCUUUUGUGGACACACAUACCAUGUUUUAGUCUAAAUCUAAAUAUUGAUUGAUGCAGGUGUGUCUGUACAUCCUGCAUCUGAACCGCCUGCCACUCGAAUACCACGCAAUCACAGCCAGAGCCGGAUGUGGGACAUGUAGGUAGGAUGGGUUGUAAAGUUUUUGUAUAUGCACCCCUGGGGCCACUUUGGGGGUUAAGUGCCUUGCUUAAGAGCACAUUGGUAGGCCCUCCAUUUCAGUUGAAUAACCUGGCUCAGGAUCGGUUGCUGGUUCAACGUUCGACUUCCCCCACCCCACCCCUCCUCCCCCAAAACAACAAUAGUUGAUGCCACAUUCAACUUGUAUGAAUGACAAUGAACACGAAUAUUAUAAUUUUGUUUUAGACGACAUUUUGUCCUUUUGUUCUUUGAAAUGUUUAUCAAUAAAUGAAUUUCAACAGAA